AUGGUGAUCGAAGAUUUAGUUUCGAGGAUUAUGGUUCCGUACCUACAGCAAUACGUUGACAAUUUUGAUAAAAAGAAUUUAAAUAUUGCUGUUCUGAAAGGUGUUGCAUCGUUGAAAGAUGUAAAACUCAAGGAAUAUGCACUGGAUAAUAUUUCCGACACCAUUCCAUUUUAUAUUUCGUUUAGCCAUAUAUCGCUUCUAGAAUUUGAUGUGCCCUACACGAGUUUAAAUGCUAAAUCAGUGGUUUGCAGUUUGAAGGAUGUUUAUAUUGUACUCCGACCAAAGAUGAAACGGCCCUAUAAUCAAGACGAAGAAAAACAACGGCAACGAGAAUUAAAAAGGUAUCUUCUGGAUCAGUUUGAAAAGCAACAACUAGAAAAGGAAAAACAAAAAGAGAAUCAAGAAAAGACUGAAGAGGGUUUUUUUGACAAGUUAAUCGAAACAGUUUUGAACAAUUUGAAAAUCAAACUCGAAAAUAUUCAUAUACGGUUCCAAGACGAUGACAAUUGUGUUGCUGGUUUCUCAUUGGACAGUAUGGAAGUGAAUUCCACAGAUUCAAGUUUCGAAAAGAAAUUCCAAAAAAAUUUGGGAGAAUUGACCUACAAGCUACUGACCAUGCAAAAGCUCUCUAUAUAUUUAAAUCCAUGGUCUGAACAAGAAAAGAUUGUAAAUGAUUGCAUUCAAAAUAGAAUGAUGAGCGAUCAAGAGAUCAUUCAGAAAAUUAAUUCAAUACAAAAUAGAGUGUAUCUAUUGAAGCCAGUCGAUGGCUGCUUAAAACUUACCAUGCAAAAACUUUCAGCCUCUGGAAUAGACUUAAACAAGCCACAAUUUAACGCCGUUUUUGAGUUUAUGAACGACAUUCAAAUGUGCUUGAGUCAGAAUCAAUAUAAUUCCAUAUUCAAAAUUAUCGAGUAUUUGACGAACUACUCGGUGCAGAGUCAGUACAGACAUUUUAGACCAAACAAAUUUGAUCCACUUGCGUAUUGGAAAUAUGCCAUCAAUUGUGUGAUGCACCAAAGAAGGCAAGAAAGAAUGAGCAGAAUUUAUGAACAAACUCUUGCUGACACUUGUAGAGAAUAUGUCAGAGUUUACAAGGUAAUUGUAAAAGUACCAUGGGUCCAACAUAAAGCGACUCCAAACGAUGUAAAUAUAUUUAAGAAAUUUGAGGAAGAGAGAUCUAUUCAGGAAAUUCUAUAUUUCAGGAAAUGCGCUCACAAAGAGAUUAAUCAAGAAGCAAAAAACUUUGAAGAGAAUAAGAAACGAAAAAGUAGUUGGUUUUCAACUGAAAAAUUGCAAGAGAAAGCAAUCGAGCUCUCUGAUAAGGUGAAAGAAGAAUUGUACAAAUCUAUUGGAUUUGAAGAAUCUGCUCCUGUAGUUAUGCCUGAUGACUAUGUGAAGGUGCAAGUGCAUGUAGAUUUGGCAAAGCUUUCCUUCCUUGUAUACCACGAAAAGAGUGAUCUCAUGGAGUUGGUUGUAGAUAGAUUUGUGUCUGAUAUCCAAGUACUUCCUCAUAAGGCAUUCAGGGUUAGUGCUUCAAUGGGAAAUUUCACUCUAUAUGAUAGAUUCUCAGGCACUCUCUAUCCUGAGUUCAUUACCAAAUCCAAACGAUGGUCAGAGGCCGCCUCUUCUAAUUUACUUUCUAUGUUCUUGGAAAGGCGAUCACCAAUAGAGAAAAAAGAAAAUGAAAGUGACAUCUAUUUUUCACUUAAUUUAGAUCAGAUAGAUAUAGUCGUCAAUUUUGAAUUUUUCCAAAGAAUAUUAAGCUUCCUUUAUUUUGACAGUGUAAAUAUCAAGAGGUUGGAAAAGGAAGCAAAAAGGCAAAUCAAAAAAGUGUCAAAGAUGGCAAAAAAAGAAAUCAAAGAAGUAUUGAUGCAGGAUGAUACGACGGUAGACUUGUCUUUGAAUAUUAAGGCUCCACAAUUAAUAAUCCCAUGGAGCGUAUCGGAUCCAAAUUCUCGGUUCCUCCUAAUCGAUUUUGGUAUGUUCACUCUCAAGAAAGACACCAGUGUGCCAUUGCGCGAGAAAUUUGAUAUUAACAUGGAGAAUAUGGAAAUUAUUGUUCCAUUUGACAUCAAUGCUGUUGGAUAUUUAUCUAACGAGCUGCACAUUGACAAGUAUGAUGUCAUUCUAGAAAAGGCGUCGUUUUCAGCAAGCGCCAUGAAGUACAAAUCUGCCAAUGUUGAAGAAAAAGUGCAAGUCAUUGUUAAUGUGCCAUGCAUCAAUUUUGUGUUAUCCAAAGAGAGCAUGGUUGCGGUAGCUGUACUAACACAACAGAUUGCAGAAUUUAAUCAGAAUCCAACUGGAACGAAGCAAAAAAUCAAUGAUCUAAAAAUUAUGGGAUCACUCCUGGUCAAUCAUGAUGACUCUGGCUUUGCACCAUUCUUUGUGGAAGUGAGCUCAACCAAGAAGAUAUUCUUUUAUUCAGAUGAAAGCAAGAAAUAUUUGAAAAUUAUUGCUCACCUUAAUAGCCACACCAAAGUAUGGAAGUCAGACAAGUAUGAGAAUACUUUUUGUGUGAUGCUACCACAAAAGAAAGGCUAUCAGACCAAAUAUAUCUAUCUACAGUGCUCCUCUGCUGAGGAAAUGGAAAACUGGGUCACUACUCUAACUAUGUUUAUUUAUUCAUUCAACACAAACUUCUUUGUAGAUGACUUUGCUGAUAUUUUGAAAGAAGUAAGCUUUUCUGACGAUGAAGAAGAAGAGGAGAAGAAAGAAGGAAUUUUAAUUGCUAUCCGAUUCAACCUGAAUAGUUUUAUUUUGUCCUUGUCUCACCAUGACGUAAAUUUAGCUUCAGUGAAUUUCUCAAACCUGCAGGCCUACUUUAGGCAAUAUCACAAUUUAGAUUCGAAUUUGUCUCUUCACCUCCACACCAUUAAUGUCAAAUCAGAGGUUAUCAAGGACAGAGAUUUUUAUUUGAUCAAAUCCAUUGAAAGCCAAUCAGAUCAGGACGAGAAGGAGCAUUUGGUGAAUGUUAACUUUACGAGAUCGAUUGAUCCUACUUCACCCAUUUAUGAUCCAACAUCUCAAAUGAAACUGAACGUAGCAUUCAAAAGCUUACAUUGCUUCGUUGAGCCAGCCAUACUUUCCAGUUUUAUUGACUAUGGAUACGAUUUACAAGAUAUUCUGGAUCAAAUUACAGCAUUCAAUAAGAUUAAUUACUAUUCCUUUGUACCUGAUGAGGAUGAAAAAGAUACUGGACAAAAAUUUAGUGACCUGGCUAGAAUGUUGCUCGAAGGAAACGAAACGAGUUGUAAACUCUUGACCAUGCAACUGGUUGCAGGCGAGUCUAAUAUGCUCAUUCUUAAUAACGGUGCAACCAUUGCAGAGGUAGUCAUUAACUCGGGAACUAACGUUUCUUGUUUCGUGGAUUUGGAGACAAUUACAAUAUCAGGUAAUUUGAGAAAUAUUCAACUGUUGGAUCAUAGUGAGCCAACUUCGUUAUACAAAGAAAUUCUUGGACUCUAUGAUAACAGUCAAGAUUCAGUGGUCACUCUCACAUAUAAGUAUGUGUUUUCGAGCAUUUCCUUAGCUGAAUUGGUUGAACAAGAUCCUGAAAGAGACUUAAUUCAAAGAGGAUCCAUCAACUAUAGGCAAUUUCUGUCAAUGGAUACGAGUGCCAUCAAAUAUGUACACAUUCAACGGUUCUACAGAAAAGCUCAGAGCUACAUUUCCGGCCCACUACUCAAUGCCCUCAAAAGAGAGUCAACAAGAAACAGAAUUAACUUCUCAGGACUAGAUGGAAAAGACAUUAUUAGCAAAAGAAUUAUUAACAACCAAAUCAAGUUGAACAUCAAAAUUACCAGCCCUGUCGUAAUUUUCCCCUCCAAUUUCCAAUCUAAGGACCAUUUUCUUGCCCAUUUGGGUAACCUGGAGGUAGAAAACUUUUUAAUUGGAGACUCUUCAAACCCCGUCGAUCAUGUCAAAGUACUUCUAAAUGACAUUAUGUUAGAAUUUGUGUCUUCUGCAUCCAGUCAACGGGAAAAAAUUCUAUCAGACAUCCAUAUCAAAGUCAAUGUGAAAAAACCUAUUAUUACGCCAUUUACAAAGACCAAGCAGAAUAAUGAAUUUGACAUUGCAAAAGAAGUCGUGAACGUUGAUUUUUCAGACAUUGUGUUCAAUUUAACACAUAGUCAGUAUCAGACAAUUUUUGAUUUCAUUAAUGGAAAUAUUAGAGACGGUAUGAGAGACAUUAACGAAGAAAGAAAGUUCUAUCAAUCCAUUGGAAAACUUGUAACUCGAAGAAAAAAGAAGGACAUAAUGAUGAAAAGAGUUACAUCAGAGAGGGCAAUUGACAGUAUGUCCUCAAGUAUUAUAAUUACCGAUGUCCAUGUGACAGCUCCACAAAUUUCAUUAGUGAUUCUUAAAAAGAAUGGGUCAAACUUUGCAAAGUUAGCUGUGACUGAUCUUCAACUUAAUAAUAAGAUUGAUAUUAACGAAUGUAUUCGUCUACAGAUGACUCUCGGUUCCAUUAUUGCAAGUGACAUGAGAUCGAACACUUCAAACGUUUUUUCCAACUUUAUUGAAUUCUCAGAUCCUACAGCUUGUUUUUCUCUCCAAUAUGAAAAUGAUAGAUUACAGUUUAAGGAAAAGGUUAACCUAAAACUUAGUGACCCAAAAAUUGUAGUAAUUCCUGAGCUUCUCCUAGAUUUCAGACAUUUCUUUUCAGAUACUCACUACUUCCAAAAUGAUACUCUCGACGAGCUCUUAUUGGUUGGAACUACAGUUGAUGAAACUGCCGAGUAUGACACAAUUCUUGAACAGAAUGAAACUCCAGAAGAGAUCGAAAUUAAGGCAAAACUGGAGCUUAAAGGAGACUUUGGAACCCCAAGAGUCAUCAUUCCAGAAAAUUCUGAAGACUCUUCAAGCAAAUUACUUGUCCUUAAAUUCAGUAGUGAGCUUGACUUUAAUGCUACUCAAAUUGGAAAAUCAGAAAAGGGAGUAUUUAAAAUCACUGGUCUCACCGUCAUUGUUACACAUGGCACGAGUUCGUUGCCUCUCCUUGAACCUACUAACAUUGAUGUUGCCAUAAUGAGAUUAAAAAGCCAAGAGGAUGUGAAUGGACCAAAGGAAGAACGAGUCAUUAGAGUUUCAAUUUCUGAAGGAGCAAGCGCUAGAUUAUCUUAUCAUGACGUGAAAAUGUUGUAUACGAUUGCAGAGCAAUUCAAACAAAAAUUAGAGAUGCCCUCCGCUCUCUCACAGCAAGACAUUACCUCAUAUUUACAAGAGGUCGAAAAUAGUGAUGUUAAACCUCACACUGCUCCAAUUAUUGCAAAAGAUUUCAAGAAAAUGAUCAGUGAGGAACUUUUACCGCAAACGUUAGUGAACAAGUUUAUCAUUGAAUCCAAAACAAUGAGUGUUUUAGUUGUGGAUGAUCUUAGUGGAUUUGACAUUCCUAUUAUUCGACUUCAUCUCAGUGGAUUUCGAUUCAACUCAAUGAUCAAGUCAUUCAGUACAAAUGAAUCUAACAUAUCUGCUUACUUGGAACUUUUAAUUCAUGGUGAUUGUUAUAAUUUCAAAUUGGCUGAAUGGGAACCCAUUAUUGAGAAAAACAAAGUUCCCAUUCAUUGCAUGUAUCAAAAUCAAAAGGAACAUCCAAAGCAUAUCGUUCAAGUAGAAUGUGACGACAUUAUUGAUUUGAAUGUUACAUAUUCUUCCUUGGAAACCAUACUCUCAACAGCACAAGCUUGGGCCAAAGAGUUGAAACGAGAAACUGUCUCAAAAAUCAAAAAGCUAGCCAUUACCUUUGAGCCUUUUUCGAUUGUUAAUAAGUGUGGACUGGCCAUAAGUUUCAAGGUUGCAAAUGACUUUGUUGAAUUGGAACAAGACAAAGAAGUCAGAUUUUCAUUUCCAACAAACGCAGCAGAGAAAAAGAACUUUGUGACUUUACAAAUAGGCCCAAACACAAUCAAAACACUCGUUAACAAAAACGGUAUAUAUCCUCAUUCCUUGAUACUAAAAGAUAAAGAAUUAGGACAGCUAGAGUACCAAAUAUACAUUGAAGUUAAAGACAAGAAAAAACGAAAACUGAUCAUUAUUCAUAGUGGAUGUAAAGUUAGAAACAAAACUGACAAAUAUUGGCAAAUUGGAUGUCACGUUGGGGAAAAAAUUUUGCCUCUUGCAUUCCUUGCUCCUUACUCAUCACUCUACAUACCUUCACAAUUUGUAGUUGAAGAUGGAUGUUUGGCAAUUAGACCUUGUAAAGAUCAAGUUACCAAUGAUGAGGCAUUAUCAAGCGAGUACAAGUGGACAUCAAAUGAUCCAACGGUGUAUUCCUUGAAAUCGUUCAGGAAAACCCAUGCAAAAACGAUUCUCAGUAGAAAUAAGCACAUGACAAUCAAAAAAGAUCACAUGUAUUGUAUUCUUCACUCAAAAUCUGUAGCGAACAACAAGACGAGAAUUAGCAUUAUACCACCUUUGGCAAUUCAGAAUGUACUUCAAGAGGAUGUUCAAUUUGCUCUUUUUGGAAGCUCUUCAAAAGAUGCCAAUGUUAGAAUUGCGAAAUACAGCGAUACCAUUCAGAAAGGAGAUACUAAAUAUAUUUACAAGAUUGACAUGCAAAAACCGAAAAUGUGGAUCCAAAGUAUCAUUAAUGGAUGGCAAACAAAGGACAUCACACUCAUUUAUACAUAUGGAGAUUCACAAGAAGAAACAUGUAAUACCUUCUCGAACUUUUUCAUGGAUGGACGAAUCAUUAAUUUACGAUACGACGUUUUCAGUACUGAAAAUGCCUAUGUUAAAAUUGUAAUCUACUGUCCAUACUUGAUCAUGAAUAAUACGCAGCAUGAUUUUGAAGUCAUUGAAGUUUCAAAAGAAAACUACAAGCUGGGUUGUUGUACUACCAUUGACGGUAUUCCUGCCACCAUGUUUAAUUACUACAGUGAGAGCUCUUCUAUGAUAUUCAGCAAAAAAGUAUUCCUAAAGUCAUCCCAAGGUUUUGUUUCUAAUCCAUUCUCAAUUGACUCAGUUGGAACUCCAUCUGAAUUAAUUCUGUACCAUGAGAGCGACAAAACCAAGAUUCCUCUCAACAUGGGAUGCUUUGUUAGCUUGGCGAAAGGAAAAUAUGAACGAACAAAAAUUGUAGAAAUCACUCCAAGAUAUUUGCUCAUCAAUGACAUUCAUUCGAAAGAAAAAAGCGUGAAUAUUGAGGUUAAACAAUUUGGAGAUGACUCUAAUAUUUUAACAAUUGCAAAACAAAAAUCUUGUCAUUUCUAUUGGACAAUUGAUUGCAACAAAUUGGAUAGCAACGAAGCAGACAACCCCUUAACAAUUCACUUCCGAAGAAAAAAGAUUCCAAUGAUUUGCAUUCGCCUCAAAAACGUUGACGAAGAGGAACCAUUAUUCAGCGAAUGGUCCAUACCGUUCUCAAUUGAUACUUUGGGAGAAAUUCCUCUCAUUAUUGGAAGUAAUUAUAUCACUACAAAGAUCAUGCAAAAUAAUGGUUGUAUUCAAGUCUCAUUCACCCGAGCUGCUCUACCACCAUACUUUAUCGUCAAUCAAACAUCACAUUCCAUCUCAGUUUCUCAAGUUUAUACAGGAGAAAACAUUGUAAUUGCUCCAAACAAAACCAUACCCUAUAUGGUUCCUGAUAUCAAAUCGAAGCACUCCAUUUAUGUCACACUGGGUGAAAAGUUUAAGUUGGGAGCUAUUGAUAUCGAUAAAAUCAAGAAGAGCAAAUUUAUUCCCAUUCCACAACUCAAGACAUCUAUUUUCAUUCGAUUAACAACUUACAGAGGCUACACACGAGUCAUCAGCUUUCAAGAAAAAGAUGUAAAACCAAAUCAACAAUCAUUAGAUGCAGAUCAAGACGAUUCACAACAAAGCUUGGAGCUAUUUCAAUCAUACUUUUAUAUUAAGGGCAUUGGGGUUUCCAUUAUUAAUCAAAAUCAAACAGAAAUUUUAUACGCUCAUGCUGAUAACAUCUCUGUCAAUUGCAACAUUACAGAAAAUAAUAAGCAACUUUUGGAAGUUAAAGUCCACAGAAUGGGUAUUGAUAAUCAACUCGAUCAUUGUACAUUCCCUAUCAUGUUUACAAAUGCAAACAAAUUAGGAUUGAGAGACUUUUUACAUUUCAGCUUAAUUAUGGACACCAAAGAAAAAGAAUUUGAUUACAUUCCAUAUUUAUCUCUUUUAAUGCAAGAAGCUAAAAUUGCCAUUGAUUUCAAGCUCAUUCAUGAACUCCUAAAGAUGGUAUCAUCAUUGCAAGGAAAAAAGACAAACCAUGAAAAGCAAUACAUCAUUUCCAAAACAACAGAACGACGUGAAUUAGAUUCACACGAACAACCACCACCAUCACAACAUGAAGAAAUAUUGUCUAGUUUCAAUUAUAGCAUUCAUUUGAAAUCACAACUCAAUGAUCGAAUGAUUUACUUUGAGUUGUUACAACUUCAUCCCAUCAAAUUGAAUUUGAGUUUUGUAUUCAAUGAAAUUCCCAACGAUGAAGAACAAGAUUUAUCCAUUAUAUUACGUACACUUGGAGCACGAUUAAGCAUGAACAUUGAUGAAGCCCCCAUUCGAUUGAAUGCACUUAUUCUCAAUCAUCCACCUCUCUCCUCUCGAAUACAACUUGUUGAAAACAUUAAGGCACACUACACGAGAUAUGCCAUUUCAGAAAUGUUUUCAAUUCUUGGAAGUUUUGAUAUUAUUGGAAAUCCAGUGGGUCUCUUCAAUGAUAUUGAUAAGGGAGUUUAUGAUUUAUUCUAUGAACCCAUGGAAGGCAUUACAAAAUCUCCAAAAGAAUUCACACUCGGUCUAGCGAAAGGAACGACAUCGUUUUUCAAGCAUUCCAUUCAUGGUACAUUUAACACGGCUUCAAAAGUAACAGAAUCCAUUAGCAAUGGUAUUAGUUUGUUGACGUUGGAUGAAGACUAUCAAACGAAACGAAAAGAAGCAAAUCAUUUGAGUAAGAGACCAAAACAUAUUGGUGAAGGAUUAGUUUCUGGAGCACAAUCACUCUCAAUGGGUCUAUUGGAAGCUGGAACAGGUCUAUUUGUGAAACCUAUUGAAGGUGCUAGUAAGGAAGGAAUUUCAGGAUUUUUGAAGGGAGUUGGAAAGGGAAUUAUUGGAAUGCCAGUCAAACCCAUCACAGGAGUAUUGGAUUUUGUGUACAAGACAAGUGAAGGUUUGAAAAAUACCACACAAUUCUUUGAUAGAGAAUUUCAAAUCCAUAGAAAACGAUUUCCUAGAUUUGUUGGAACAGAUAAGAAGUUGAGCAAGUAUGACGGAAAUGCCUCUUUUGGGUACUAUGUGUUUUCUGAUCUGAUGAAACAGGGAAUUAUUCCAAAUGGCAGCACCUAUGUGUCUCAUUACUUUUUAACAAGCAGUAAUGAUGUUGUGUUUUUGAGUACACAGCACAUUUUUCAAGUUUCUUGCUUGGCUUUACCACCUGCACAACACAAUGUGGCCACACAUCACAAGGUCACCAAAUAUUACUCAUCACAAAAUCCACCCAAACCAGAAAACGUUUUGGAUAACUUCACAUUAACAUGGAUUCAUGAAAUCAAAACCAUCUCCAAGCUUGAUUGUUCACGCAACAACCCGAAUUCAAUUGUUUUAAGAGUGAAAAGUCAAACUUCAUGGUUUGGUUUUGGGGAUCUGUAUGAUGACGUCGUUAUUGAAACUGAACCACACAACAACGAUUUGCUUGCAAAACUACACCAACUGCACAAAUUCUAA